CACGGUUUCACCUUCUCUCGCUGCCGUUCCAGUCCCCCACCCCACCCCCGCGCGGCGCCUCUCCUCGGGAGCCAUGGUGUCGGUCCCCGGAACCCCAAGGCCCGGCGGGGACCGCGGGGAGCCAGCUUCCUCCGAGGGUCGGGAGGAGCUGGGCAGCCCGCGGCUCCCGUCCUCCGCGUCCUUCUCGCGGUGGCUGGCCGCGAGCCCGGGGGCGGGCGGCUCGCCGCUGCGCCUGGUGGGGUGGGGCGGGAUGGCGGCUUCCGCGUGGCUGGAGGCCGGCCUGGCCCGGGUGCUCUUCUACCCGACGCUGCUCUACACCGUGUUCCGCGGGAGGGUGCGCGGCCCAGCACACCGCGACUGGUACCACCGCAUCGACCACACGGUGCUGCUGGGCGCGCUGCCGCUGCGGAGCAUGACGCGCCGGCUGGUACUGGACGAGAACGUGCGCGGGGUGAUCACCAUGAACGAAGAGUACGAGACUCGAUUCCUGUGUAACACCGCGAAGGAAUGGAAGAAAGCGGGCGUCGAGCAGCUCCGUCUCAGCACAGUUGACAUGACGGGGGUCCCCACCUUGGCCAACCUCCACAGAGGAGUCCAGUUUGCUCUCAAGUACCAGUCACUGGGCCAUUGUGUCUACGUGCAUUGUAAGGCUGGGCGAUCCAGAAGUGCCACGAUGGUAGCAGCAUAUCUGAUUCAGGUGCACAACUGGAGCCCAGAGGAGGCUAUAGAAGCCAUCGCCAAAAUCCGCUCACACAUCUCCAUCAGGCCGAACCAGCUGCAAGUUCUCCAAGAGUUCCACAAGGAGAUCGCUGCAAGGGCAGCCAAGAAAAACUGACGGCAUCUCUCACUGACACACCAAGAAUGUGAAGGCUGUGGACGACAAAGAACUUGGCUCUACCCAAGUACAAAGUUUAAAGGGCAAAGGGGCUUAAGCCAGGACAACACCCCAGAUAUGCUGACAAUAGAUAAUGUGCUUCCUUUGCCUGCCUUCUCUGAAAUAACACUGUCGGAUGGCUACAGAGAACAAGAUUGUCUGGCUAAAUCUUACUUUCUUCGGCAGGGUCAAGGAAAUAUUAAUUUUAACAGAAAUCUAUUGUGUAUCUGAUAUUUUGUGUAAUGGCACCAUAACAAAGACGUUUAAUGCUAGAAAAGCAAAGAAUACUCAGAUCUGUUCUUUGUUACUAUCAGAAUCCCAAUUUCAAUUGUAUAACUUGGCAAAAUGCUUGCCCAGCAUGUAUAAGGCUCCGAGUUUGGUCCCUAGCACUUCCAAAAAUAAAAAUAAUCCUAAUUUCCCUGA